GUCUAAUUGUCGCCAGAAAUGUCCCAUGUAGCGGAGAAUUUGUUGCUUUGUGUUGUCCACCUUCCUGGAAGCUCCACUACACGGGCCACCGUGAAUCACUUCCGCUUCCGGGGCAAAUUGGGACGAUACCAAUAGCUCAUACUAGUGUACAUGAGAGAUGCUGACUGUGUACCUAGCUGUUGGAGGCCUGGUAGGGGUUGUCAUCCUCUUGAUGUUGUCUAGGAUAGCCAGGUCCACACAUGGGACAACAGUUCAGGACAAGGUUGUCCUGAUCACAGGGGCAAGCUCAGGCCUUGGAGAAGCAUGUGCAGAGGUCUUCUUCCGAGCUGGAGCAAAAGUGAUCCUCUUCUCACGGAACAGUGAGAAACUGGAAGCUACCAGUAAAAGACUGCAGACCCUGAAUGUUCCUGAAGUGACCUACUCCCCCGUGAUUGUGCCCCUUGACUUGGAGGACUUGGACAGCCUGAGUGACAAGGCUGAGCAGGCUGUACAGUGUCAUGGCAGGGUGGACAUCCUUAUCAACAAUGCAGGUCUGGGGUACAGAGGUACUUGUCUUGACACCACAACUGCAGUGCAUCAGAAAGUGAUGAUUAUCAACUAUUUUGGACCUAUCACUCUGACCAGAGGCAUCAUUCAGAACAUGGUACAGAAUGGUGGCGGACAUGUGGUGAACAUCAGCAGUGUACAGGGCAGGAUGGCCAUUCCACACAGGUCUGCUUACGCUGCAGCUAAGCAUGCCUUGCAGGCAUAUUCAGACACGCUGAGGGCUGAGAUGGCUUCCAAAGGGGUGAAGGUGACAGUGGUGAGUCCUGGGUACAUCACCACACAGCACUCUGUCAAUGCCAUCACAUCAGAUGCAUCUCAAUAUGGAGCUAUGGACACCACCACAGCCAGUGGCAUGGCACCUGACACAGUUGCUCAGAAGAUUCUUCAAGCAGUGGAAAGGGGGGACAAUGAACUCAUCCUGGCCAAGUUUACUCACAGGGCUGCAAUAACACUUCGCUGUAUUGCACCAAGUAUGUACUUUGCCAUCAUGAGGUCCAGAGCAAGGAAAGAAGAGGACAACUACUCUCAUCUGAAACAGAGCUGAUGAUUGAGCACCAUAUUAAUAUAUAUGGGGUCAGCGAAGUACAACAUAGCAAUUCAUGCAAUUGAGAUGCAACAUACAUCUGAGUGUCUAGCACUUUUCACUAUAAAAGGACUUUCUUCAGUCCAGCAAUAGAUACCUGGCUUCGAUAUCAGGAACAAUGAUGAGCAUGAAACAGACAGUAUUUUGGACAAAAUGAUUGUUGAACACCUGCUGCAAUAUAAUUGUGUGUGUGUGCAUACACCUGCUGCAAUAUAAUUGUGUGUGUGCUUACACAAAUACAUUUGUGUGUGUGUGCAUGUGUAUGUGCAAAUGAAAUCAGAAUCAAAUCCUUAUAAGUUACUUUGUUGUUUUAGAAGCUAAGCAUGCAUUUUAGACAAAAAUGUUGUAGUCUUAUCUUAUUUGUUAUCAUGCUCCUGAGCAUUUGCAUUUGAAACAUUGAUGGGCAUGACAGCCAGGAGUACAAUGUGAACCAGUCAGAAUUGCCCUGAAGAAGGUGACAGACGGUCACCGAAACGUCGGUGAGAAUAAAGCAUUGGUUGUGUAAAAA